CAUCGCGUUCUGUAACUUCGCAUAUUGGUCCCGCCCAAGCCACCGAUGAUGUAUUUCCGCUAAGAUGGUUGUCGGUGCCUUUCCCAUCGCUAAAUUGCUCUACUUGGGCGUACGUCAGAUGAGCAAACCUGUGGCCAACAGGAUAAAAGCUGGAGCUCGGAGAAGCGAAUUCUUCAAGACGUAUAUAUGUCUACCGCCAGCUCAAAUAUAUCACUGGAUAGAGAUGCGUACCAAGAUGAGAAUCAUGGGCUUCCGGGGCUCCACAAUCAAGCCUCUCAACGAGGAGGCGGCCGCUGAGCUGGGGGCCGAGCUGCUGGGCGAGGCCAUCAUCUUCCUGAUCGGAGGGGGCUGCAUGGUGCUGGAGUACAGCAGGCAGGCCGCGAACUCGCGCCGGAAAGAGGACGAGCUGAACGAGACCAUCAACAGCCUGCGAGAGCAGCUGGGAGAGUUGGCCCUCACCACAGAGACUCUAGACGCCCGGCUCCGAGAGGUCAACAGGCAGCUCUUGUUCCUCCCUACCCAGCAGCCCCAAAAGUAGCCUCAUCACCAUAUCAGUUCAUAACAGCUUUAUUCUGGAGGCGUGUGUGAUGAGACUGAUUCAGUGUCUGUAUCUAUGCCAAGACGAGAGUGUUGUCACAGUGCGGCACGGCCGUUAUGCACUUCAGGCUGCACUUACAUCUUCCUCACAACAGUUUUCUUUAGGCUGGACCGGCGGGUGACUGACUGCUGGGCCAGUGGCUGGAUAUGUAAUGUGAGCUAACGUAAUCCCCAACAGCCUAAUGGAACUGGAAAUUUGCUGUGAUUUGAACGUAUGUAUUUAUUUGGCUGAGUGCACACUGUGAGGUCACAGAUCAGAAAGGGUGAAAGUGUUGCUCAGCAUAGACAAUGGUCAAUUGCCAGGACCUGGCCAUUUGAAACGAUACAUGUGGAAAGCUGUCACGCGGCCAUUGCUUUUCGUGUGUUCUUCAUGGGAUAUGAAGCAUGUGUAAUUGACUACUCUAUUGUACAUAUGGUUAUUCAUCAGUGAUUUGAUGGUAUGGGAUGGGAAGAGUCCUCCCUUGGAAUGGUGUUGUACUUGAAUGCAAGUUCCUUGGUCUUGGGAAGCCAUAUCUCAUGCUGUUUGUGUUUUCGAUUGUACAUAUUGGAUAUUGGAUAAAAUGACAAAAUAACUUAAAAAAAAUAAAAAGGGCAAAAUAAUUUGAA